UACAAAUCGUACAGUGCCCGGAAUAACGAUGGGCCACGGUCACGGACACGGACCUCCGUACAAAGUACCGGACGCAUCCAUCUACAAGGUAGCCGAUGCACCGGAACUGGUGGAAGUGGAACGCGCUCUCGCACGCCGCGGACUGAAGGACCCAUGGCUACGGAACGAAGUGUGGCGCUAUAAUGUGAAGCAGUUUUCUACUCACCGUUCCCGUCUGGUUACCUUCCUGUUCAAGGGAUUCCCGCUCGGAUUCGCCGCCUUCGUUGCUACGAUCGGUGUAGAAUACGCGCUCGGCAUUGAUUAUCACGGAGGCCAUGGACAUGGUGACGCUGGACACGGUCACGGAAACGAGAAGGGACAUGGAAGCGGUCAUCAUUAGCCGAUUGUGGGCACUGAUGUUCUUUGUUGCUGUCGUGCAUUAGAUUUUAUUUCCAAAAUUCUGCAUCAAGAAUAAACGAGCUCGUGGUAUUGUAG